UAUUCUACCAAAUUUGUCGUUUUUUGAUUGACCUUCAAAUUUGAAAUCAUUAUUUUGGAUAAUCAGAAAAUGGGUGUAUAAUAUAUGCAAUCUUCACAUAAAUUUACAUAUAGAUAUAGCAAAUUAUAAGCCUUCAAAAAGUUGAGAUUAUAACAAUUUUCAUCAUGCAAUCCUUUUGAGUACUGAUCAAUAAUCUUAGUACUGUGGGUUCCAUUUUACAAGUAAUAUUUUCAUGCAAUAUAUUGCCUGAAGUAAUCAUCAAUCAUGUGUGAGGUAGAGACGAAACCUCCAGUAGAAACGAUAGAGUCACUAACGAAGGAAGCGGAAGUAUUGAAAAAAAAAUUAGAAGAUGAGAGGCAAAAAUUGAAUGAUAUUACUCUGGCCACAGUUGCUGAACGGCUGGAUAUCAUAAAUUAUAUGAAUAUUAAGCCCAGAAGGACUCUUAAAGGGCAUCAAGCUAAAGUAUUGUGUUCAGACUGGUCUCCAGAUAAAAGGCACAUUGUUUCUUCAUCUCAGGAUGGUAAGAUGAUUAUAUGGGAUGCUUUUACAACUAACAAAGAACACGCAAUCACUAUGCCUACUACAUGGGUGAUGGCCUGUGCAUAUGCCCCAUCUGGAAAUUUGGUAGCAUGCGGUGGACUUGACAACAAAGUAACUGUUUACCCCCUCAGUUUAGAUGAGGAUGUCAAUCUCAAAAGAAAAAAUGUAGGUACUCAUACGAGUUAUAUGAGUUGCUGCAUAUUUCCCAAUUCCGAUCAACAGAUUCUCACGGGAAGUGGAGAUUCAACAUGUGCUCUUUGGGAUGUGGAAUCUGGCCAGUUAUUACAAAGUUUUCAUGGACAUUCAGCAGAUGUUAUGUCUAUUGACUUGGCACCUUCUGAAACUGGAAAUACAUUUGUUUCUGGGAGCUGCGACAAGAUGGUUUUAAUAUGGGACAUGAGGUCCGGCCAGUGUGUUCAAUCCUUUGAAGGACAUGAGUCUGAUGUUAAUAGUGUUAAAUUUCAUCCAAGUGGGGAUGCUGUAGCUACAGGAAGUGAUGAUGCUACAUGUCGGUUGUUUGAUUUGAGAGCAGAUAAGGAAAUUGCUAUAUACAACAAAGAGAGUAUUAUUUUUGGUGUGAACUCUGUUGAUUUCUCAGUAUCAGGUCGUUUAUUAUUUGCUGGUUAUAACGAUUACACAGUUAACGUGUGGGAUACUCUGAAAUGUGUGAGGGUUUGCCUUCUGUACGGCCAUGAAAAUCGUGUAUCUUGUUUACAAGUAUCGCCAGAUGGUACAGCCUUGUCUACAGGAUCAUGGGAUUACACUCUUAGAGUUUGGGCGUAAACAGACUAAUUGUUCAAAUAAGACUCCAUGUGAAAUAACAAUACCAAAAUAGUUAAUUGUAGAAAAUGUAAUUCAAGAGGUUAAGAAACAUUAGAAAAACCAUUGUAGUCGAAAGAUUUAAUAUUUUUGUUUUGAUCAAAUCUUGCUUGAUAAAAUUUGAUGUUGAAAAUUGUAGUUCAUAAAUAAUCUUUGUUAUAUUGAAUAAUUGUUAGCUGUUCACAACUGUUAGCAAAGGUUUUGAUGCCAUAUAAUUAUACUUCUUAUCCUAAAAUGGCUUGUUCCCACUAGGAAACAAACUACUGUUUUCAAUCAAGUAUCUCUAGUCAAGCUUUUUUGUGACGUAAUGCUAUAUGCCAAAUAUAAUUCCAUAUUAAUUUAUUAGAUAAUUAGCUCGAAAUAUAUAUUACACUUACUAUUCCAGUAAUUUAGAUAUUCUUUGUUGUACAAAAUGUAAAUUUAUUAGUUAUAUAUUGUUAAAUAUUGUUUUUAUUUAAAUAUAUCAUAAAGAAGGAAA